CCAGCGGGGGCGGAGCAGCGAAUAGGAGUAGAAAGUGAUUAGUUCGCUCUACUGUCAAUCAGACAUUUCCACCAAUAAGCCCAAUGAGCUGUUAAAAGGGGCGGAUUCACAGGUACGCCUUCCCCCGAAGGUUGCACCGCCUCAUUUCUGUGUGUGUGUGCGUAUUUUUUUCUUUCUAUUUUUUUUGUAACCAAAGCUUGGAUGUGUAGGACGUCACAUGUUGUUUUUCCUCUUCACUCCAGUCACUUAGCGAUAUGUGUUAUUUACUGUUAAACCGCUCCACGCAGCGAACGCGCACUCCGAGCCGGGUCCACAAGGAAGUCUGACAGGAUUAUAACUGACUGACAGCACAAGUCAAGGAAAAGUGAGAGUUUUUCUUCACAGCAUAUAUGAGAAUGGCGAGUCCGCCGCCGACGGGAGGACAGCUGAUUUCAAAUAUGACCGUGAAGAACAACAACCACGUUAAGAAAUGCGGCUAUCUGAGGAAGCAGAAGCACGGACACAAGCGGUUUUUUGUGCUGAGGGAGCCGAGCGAGGGCUCCCGCGCCCGGUUGGAGUAUUACGAGAGCGAGAAGAAAUGGAAAAACAAGUCGGCUGCUAAACGGGUUAUACCUUUGGACUCGUGCCUGAACAUCAACAAGAGAGCCGAUGCCAAACACAAACACCUGAUCGCCCUUUACACCAAGGACGAGUAUUUUGCCGUGGCCGCCGAAAACGAGCAGGAACAGGAGGACUGGUACACGGUCUUAACGGAUUUAAUGAACGAGGGGAAAGUGAGCGACGGCUCCGCGAAUAAUUCGGCGUCAUCCCUCGUCGGUUUUGAUGAGGAGAGCUACGGCGUGAUAACGCCCGUCUCCGCCACUUACAAGGAGGUUUGGCAGGUCAAUCUGAAAUCUAAGGGACUCGGACAGAGCAGGAACUUAACGGGCGUUCACAGGCUGUGUUUAUCCAGCCGAACGAUCAGCUUCGUGAAACUCAACACCGAGGCGGCGUCGGUGAUUUUACAGCUGAUGAACAUCCGCCGAUGCGGACACUCAGACAGCUUCUUCUUCAUCGAGGUGGGCCGGUCCGCGUCCAUCGGACCCGGCGAGUUGUGGAUGCAGGCGGACGACUCGGUGGUGGCGCAAAACAUUCACGAGACUAUUUUGGAGGCGAUGAAAGCCAUGAAAGAGAUGUCAGAGUUCCGCCCGCGCAGCAAAAGCCAGUCCUCAGGUAGCAACCCCAUCUCUGUGCCCACCAGGCGGCACUUUAACAACCUCCCGCCGAGUCAAACCGGGCUGAAGCGGCGCUCGCGUACCGACAGCAUGGCAACGACGUCUCCCGUGACGAAACUGACUUCUUGUAGGAUUCGCACGGCAAGCGAGGGCGACGGCAGCCCCAUCAGCCCAGGUGUGAACAGGACGCACCUGAGCCGCUCCAACACAGUGACAGCUCGCCCAUGCAGAACAUUUGAGGCAUCAUCCCUGCAGCAUAGUAAAUCCAUGUGCAUGCCUGUGUCUCACUCCCCUCCCUCAGCUGCCAGCCCUGUCAGCAUGUCCUGCGGCAAUAACAUAGAAGGCGGCCCUCGCCCCUCCAGCUGCACCGCUUCCAUCUCGGGCUCCCCCAGCGACGCAGGCUUCAUCUCCUGCGAUGAGUGCGGCUCCAGCCCGGGUGAUAUAUGGCAACUUUUAGCAGCGAACCGAAGCAACACACCUGAGUCGCUCGCUGACACCCCCCCCAGCGACCUGUACGGAUACAUGAUCAUGGAGAGGCCCAAUAGCUGUGGACGGAGAAGCGUCCGGGCAGCAGUUGAGGAAAGCAGAGUAGAUCUGGAGAAUGCCUACAGGAAGAGGACACACUCCCUCACCAUGCCUUACCAGAAGAGGGUGCCAUCACAAGUGUCCUCAGCUUCACUGGAUGAAUACACGCUCAUGAGAGCCACUUACACAACUGGAGGCCAUUCGGGGCGCAGCUCACACACCGCAUCCCCAAAAAUCACAUACCCCGAGGAUUACGGGGACAUCGAAAUCGGAUCAUUACUGAAAAGUUCCAGCAGUAAUCUGGGCGACGAUGGCUACAUGCCAAUGACGCCAGGUGUGGCUCCACAAGGGGGGAAGUCUGACAACUACAUGCCUAUGAGCCCAAUGUGCGUUUCUGCUCCGAAGCAGAUAAUCAACCCCAGGACGCACCCCCUCACUAUAGCUAAUGGUUACAGAACCAAUUCCCCCAGCAGCUGUUCUCUGGAUGACAGUGGCUACAUGAGGAUGCUGUGCAGCUCUAAGUUCUCCAUAGACAGCUCGGAUGCGAAACUGACGAACGGUGAGUACCUCAACAUGUCGCCUGCAGAUUCGGUCACGCCACCAGACUACUACCUGAGCCCUGUGGGUAUGGAGCAGUCUCCCUGUCUCCGACAGCUUCACUCUUUGCCCCGCUGUCAUAAGCCCCAGCAGAUGCUAAAGAAUGCGGACAAUGAUCAGUAUGUUGUCAUGAAUCAUCAAAGUCACAGGAUAAUAGAGGAGUCCGUAAACACAGCAUCCCCAUCUCCUCUAAGACAAAGCCGCACAGACAGCCUCAUCCUCCGGCACAGGAUCAGCCGGCCAACCCGCCUCUCCCUGGACACGUUUCGGACAUUACAUAGCAUGAAUGAGCAUCCCCUCCCCUCAGAGCCAAAAAGCCCUGGCGAGUACAUAAUCAUAGACUUUGGACGUGUUGCUGAAAGUUGCACUCCACCCUCCACUGUUUCCUCCGAGAGCCCAGCCUCAUCCCUCGGAUCCUGCGCCGAUCACAGGACGUCCCCCAUCUCUGAUUACAUGAACAUUGAUGUGAGUUCGCAGUCACCCAAAUCUGGAAACGCUGCUCAAUCUGAUCGUUUGGAGCCCCUUCCAGAGCUCACAUCCUGCCCCGCCCACCCCGAGGAAGAGGAGGAAGACGAAAGGUACCACCUCACUGCACAGGUGGCACCGGUGGGCCCGGUCGACAAAGCUAAAGACGAUUACACAGAGAUGACGUUUGGCGUGCCCGCUUCCCCUCCGCAGCCUGUAUCGCAGCCCUCAGAAGGUGGGCAGACCAUCAGUCCAUCCUCCUGCAUGCAGAGGCUGACUGUGGAUGAGGCUGUGGGAGUGCCUGCCACUGAGGCUUUUCUGCUGCAUGGCACCACUCUGGCCUUGGUGGACCCUGACCGGGGGGCCAAGGUAAUUCGUGCAGACCCCCAGGGGCGCAGGCGUCACAGUUCAGAGACAUUCUCCUCAACCACCACCGUAACACCAGUUUUUCCCUCAUUCGCACACGACGCCAGGCGGCACGGUUCGGCCUCUGUGGAGAACGUGUCUGUUUCUGUGAGGAACAGUGAAGGAUCGGAUGAAGAGUAUAACAGUCCCAUGUGCAGGGAGACGUCGGCUGGCUUUCAGAAUGGACUUAACUACAUUGCCUUAAACUUGAUGGACGGAGAACUUGCCAGCUGUGAUUCUCUUGUCCGGUUCAAAGCUGCCAGCUGUUGUAAAGAGGGCAUCAAUGGAAUACAUGCCAGUCCGUAUGCCAGCCUUGGGUUCAAGGAGACGGCAACAACAGUAAAAGACUAAACAGAGCCAGUCUCUUCAUUAAAGCUCCUUCAUCUCCAUCGAGAGGAGAAGAGGAGGUGCUCAUGUGGACAGAUGGACCACGUUGCUGCUGCUGCUGCUUCUUCAGCUCUUUGCUGAUCCUUGACCUCCCGAAUCCAUUCGAAUGACCGUCGUCACAGCAACACGGACACUUGACCCCAGCGCGAGGCAUGACGAUGACUCAAAGACACAAAGGCGGGACUUCCUGUCCAUCUGUUACUCACUACAAUCCCUUCCCUCAGUUUUUGUGUUAUGGACCUUUUUCACUGGUUUUGUUACGAGUUCUGGACUUCGAGUGGCCAGUGUCCCUCAACCCCCCCCAAAACCUGUGAACCAAACACGAGGAGAGACAUUCGAUCCGCACACGCACGCAUAUACAAGUCGCAUAUUUAUUUACCCCCGCGGAGGCGGCGGCGGCGUGCAUGCGUGCGUGUGUUCGUAACACCGCACAGAGGUGGCAUUUCAGAAAUUUACUCAACAAUUGGAAAUCGGAAAAAACCCUACCUCAGAACGAGCCAGGUUAUGACAUACAAAAAGAAUAUAUAUUGAGAAAUUAAUUUAUUUUUACAAGUGAAUGUUUUCUUAAGAAACAAAACAAAACAAAAAAACACCAAUCCAAAGCCUUACUGACUGUACUGUCAAACAGUGUUUUCUGGAGGACCUGCAUACACUCACGAGAGUAUCAAAGAUUACUGUUUGCCAUGGUAAUUGAAUGUCUUGUACUGCAGCGGAGGAAGGUCUUGCGCUGCAAUCAAAGAUCUAUUAAUGUUAUUUUGCAUUCUACACAGAUAUUUAGAGGAUUUUAAUAUAAUACUAUUUAUCCCCGCACAUAUGCAAAGCAGGCUUCCAGAGCAGAGGAGUUAUCAGUUUUGGAACGAAGCCACACGCGAUUAACACACAACCCUUAUGGUAUGCUAGAUGAAUGAUGUCGUGCGCCUCCGGUCAGAGAGAGGAGCACCUCACCUCAAGCCUAGGCACGCUAGCACACUUGAACUCACUGUCUUUAACAACCCAGAAGCCUCUGCUGACUUGCCCUCUCUCACUGCUCUGAACACACAGGCUUCCCUUCGCCUUACACCCGUACCCGUCUGUCGGCUCAAGAGAGAGUGAUAGAUUCAGGGACGUCUCAGAAGGCCUGACACCAUUAAUGCUGCUCCCUACCGUCAGACAGGGAUAGACUCGUCAGAACCAAUGCUUUGUCUUGCACUUACAACUCCUUAGAUUGUAACACAAGACACUUUUGAAUGUAGAGUAUUCUGGAGAUCUCCGCAGGAGACCAAACGCACGGCCUAAACAUCCACCAAUAGAGGCAGAGUCGUACGCAAGCAAGCGAAACAAAGUACAACAUACACACACAACUUGACUUAAGUAUAUGAAAACGUUUGCCUAGAAAGCUGUACAUAGUGUAUAAAGAGAUUGCAACUGACGUUUUUAAGUUAAAGAUGAUAACUUAUGUCUUUUUGUAUAUAGAUAUAUAUAUAUAUGGUACGUGUUUGAAUGAAUUUCCCCCAAACAACUAAAGCACUAAUGAAGGUACUUGCCAAAGGCUGAACUUUGGCCUGGCGCUUUUCUUUUCUAAUUUAUCAGUACGUUUGUAAAACUAUGUACACUGUAUGAUAAAUGCCACUUCGAGGAUAUUUGAUAAUGCUAUGAUAUAAAAAUAAAUAAAAUUCAUUGAAUAAUACUUGAUAUUACACAAAUAGGUACAAAUUCACAAACGGCAUAUGCAAUAUUUACAUUUUUUAAAGAUUAGUUUACAGAAAGGAACCAAAUGUAAAAAUACUGUGUUAAUAUAUUUAAAACCUUAAGAAAGUUUUUUGCCGUACACCUUUUUUCUGCCAACUUUUAAAUAAAAAAGUGUUUUUGUUCUUUUUUGCUGUUGAAUCCUAACAGUAAUUUCAGCAGUGUUCUUAUGUGAAUGUUGUUUCUCAGUAUGGAAAGCUUGAAUAUUUCAAUGCCUGAGCGAGUUUUUUUUUUUUUCCCCUGUGUCUUCCAUUGUAUAUACUUCAUAUUCUUUGCAUUGUGAUGCUACUUAGAAAUGAUAAUUUAAACUUCGUGUAAUUAGCAUUGCUUUAGAACUGUAUUGAUUCUGAAUAGCCACAUGCAAUAAAAAAGUAACAUUAUUUAAGAAA